AUGGUUGCAGCAGGCCUGCUCGCUCUUUCUGCUCUCAUCCCCCUCGCGCUCGGCCGGCCCAGCGCGACCCACUCCGAGCUUGUUGCUCGUGAUGUCCACUCUGCUGUCCCUCUCAGCUUCCGCUUUCACAGCCCCGCCCCUGCUGGCAUGUUCCGCUUCACCGUCGCUAUGAAGCAGAGCAACAUCACUGGCCUUCAGACCGCCCUCCUCGAUGUCAGCGACCCCACGAGCGACAACUACGGACACCAUCUGUCCAAAGCCGAGGUUGAGGCCCAUGUUACGCCUACGGCCGAGACCCUCCAGGCCGUCACCGACUGGCUCAGCAAGAACGGCGUCUCGGCCAACUCCACUUCCGCCUCUGGUGACAUGCUCACCGUUGAGAUGCCCAUGACUCAAGCGAACACCCUCCUGAACGCCAACUUCACCACCUAUGUUCACGAGCCCACGAACACGACCCUGGUCCGUACGCUCGCGUACUCCCUCCCUGCCUCCGUCUCGCCGCAUGUUGCAUUUGUCUACCCCACGACACAGUUCAUUGCGCCCGCGGUGAACAAAGUGUCUGUCAAGGCACUCGGCAGCAUGAAGCUCUCCCGCCGUCGUGAGCGCUCUCGGCGCGCGAACGUCAACGCCCAGUGUGCGCAGGUAAUCAGCCCCCAAUGCCUGCAGGAGAUCUACAACAUUCCCGCCACCGCCGCCACCGCCUCCGGCAACAGCCUCGGUGUGAGCGGCUUCGGUGGUGAGGUUGCCAACAAGGAUGACCUCUCGGACUUCCUCAAGCAGGCUCGCCCUGACAUCACUAACGGUACCUUUACCGUCCAGGCCGUUGACGGCGGCUCCGACAGCGGCCAGGGUACCACCGAAGCCAGCCUCGACAUUCAGUAUACCGUGGGUGUGGCAACCAACGUCCCCACGACCUUCAUUACUGUUGGCAACAACAACCAGGAUGGGGACCUCGGUGGCUUCCUCGACAUCAUCAACACCCUCCUCAAGCAGGACGACCCCCCUCUCGUCCUCACCACGUCUUUUGGCUUCGAUGAGGCUGGGUUUGUGCAGGAGCCUGAUCUCGCGAACACCCUGUGCAAUGCCUACAUGCAGCUCGGUGCCCGCGGUACCUCUGUCCUUUUCGCGUCUGGUGAUGGAGGCGUCUCUGGUCCUCAGGCCAACAACGCUUGCGACGGUAGUGCCUUCUCGCCCACCUUCCCCUCUGGCUGCCCCUUCUUGACCUCGGUCGGCUCUACCACGGGCAUCAACCCCGAGACUGCGGCCUCCUUCACCUCCGGCGGUUUCUCGAACAUCUUCGCGCGCCCGAGCUACCAAGACGACGCGGUCAACGGCUACCUCACCAAGCUCGGCAAGACCAACGCCGGCCUCUUCAACAGCUCCGGCCGCGCCUUCCCCGACGUGUCUACCCAGGGUGUGCAGUUCGCGAUUGAGGUCGCGGGCCAGCUCCAGGGUGUCGACGGAACCUCUGCUUCGUCCCCCACCUUCGCCUCCGUCGUCGCCCUCCUCAACGACGGGCUCCUCAACCAGGGCAAGUCCCCGCUCGGCUUCCUCAACCCGAUGCUCUACUCGCAGGGCGCCGCCGCGCUGAACGACAUCACCUCCGGCUCGAACCCCGGCUGCGGCACCCAGGGCUUCCCCGCCGUCGAGGGCUGGGACGCGGUUACCGGCCUUGGCACGCCCGACUUCCAGAAGCUCCUCACCCUCGUCACGGGCAGCUCGUCGUCGAGCGGCAGCAACUCGACCGGCACGGGCAGCUCAUCGUCGAGCGGGAGCAACUCGACCAGCACGGACAACUCGGCGUCCUCGGGUACGAGCGCCGCCAACAGCACCGCUGCUGCGACCGACUCCGCCGCCGCCAACAGCACCGCUGCUGCGACCGACUCCGCCGCCGCGACCGACUCCGCUGCCGCGACCGAUUCCGCUGCCGCGACCGAUUCCGCUGCUGCGACCGACACUGCCGCUGCGACUGACGGCGCCGCGACAGUGACCGCGACGGUGACGGUGACGGUGACCGCCUCCGACUCGACUGCGACCAAGGAUGCUGGCAAGAAGGGCGCCGGCAAGAAGGGUGGCGCGAAGCAGGCCAAGACGCAGCAAUGA